GAAAAACGCUAUAUUAGUUAUUUUGUUUGAAGUAACAAUAUUGAAUAACAGUCAAACUCACUGCAAAGUGCCACAUGAAUUAGCAUAAAUAUGUGCGGGAGUUUUCUAAGAACGAUGAUUUCAAUGCAAUAAAAUGCAAGUAUUGUCGAACAAACUAGCUUAAUAUAUAGUAAACCAUGGAUCUCUCGGAGAGCCUAAAAAUACCUAUAUCGAAAGCCCAUUCUUCGCAGCCAGGAAACAGUGCGAGCGGCUCAUCUAGCGAUCAAGGUGCCGGCUAUAUUACCGAGAAGCUGUAUAUGCUGUUACAACUUUAUCUGCAAAAUAAAGGCUGGAGUCCGUCGGUAGAGUUGCUGCAGUGUUUUGCAGAACUGAAAGAUACUCCCAUUCUGCCGAGCGCUGCCUAUUUGCAGGUGCUGGCAAGUCGUGUUGGUUUGGACAAUCAGGGCCGUUUAGUGUUGCGAGAAUCGGGUAAGAUCGUACUUCCGUACGAGCAUUUCGCUAACGCCGUCAUGCUGAAACACAUGUCAGGGCCACAUGGUUUGCAUUUAAGCAUCGAAGCGACAGUUCGGGCGGUAAUGGAUUCAUACACGAUCGGCCGAGAAAACUUCGGCAUGGAGAAGGAGUUUAUCGUAGAGGUGGUACAAUCGUGCCCCAGUCCUGCCUGUCGUUAUUAUAAGGGACAAAUUGGCGUCGUGCCGUUCAUCGAUCAAUCGUUCAAUCCUGCUUCACACAUUACCUCCGACUAUUUAUCGCACCUUCACCAGCUUGGUCCUAACGGGGGCCCAAUCGAUAUAAGCGCAGCCGAUGGUGUAGGAAAGGGCAUUAUGUCGCAAAUGAAACUAUCUAAAUCAGCAUCAUCACCCCAACAUCAAUCGCAUGUGAACGCUGCCAUUUUUCAACAGCAACAAAACCGCUCCACCACGCAGAAAUCAUUCGAUAGUUUUGCCAACUUUUCCAACGUCGACAAACAGCGAAUGAUGCAGUUGCUGGAUAAACAGAAACACUUCGAUACGGUGCAGUCCAGUCAUGUAGGCGCGCAAGCAAGUCAUGCGCAGGUGCUAACAGGAAGCUCAGGAGCAAAUCCGAUAGGUGCAGCCGUGGUCAACAAACAGCCGCAGGUUGUGGCAACAGCGAAUCUACUUCAGCAGCAGCAACCGCAACCACUAGGGCUGACACAGCAACCACAACCAACUGCGGUGGUGUCGAGUUCGGUUGCACAGCAUCAUCAUCAUCAUCAAUCACAGCAACAGCCUAAGUCACACCAACAUGCAGGACUGCAAACAGUCUGUAACGUUCAACAACAAAUUAUUUCACCAAUGCUGGGCCAAUCAAAUACACCGGGCAGUUCGAUUACUAGUCAGCAUCAGCAACAGCAAUUAUCAAUACAGGCGCACUUAAAUCAACCACCGUUACAAACGGUUAACAUGGAUACAGGCCACAAAUUGUCUGAUUACAUGCGAGGAGCAGUAGAUCCACAUGAAAACAUCACUACUAGCAAGGAACUGCUUGCAUUGCACAGUGGUGCAUGGAACCAGGAUCGAGAUGGUAUCAUAAUAAGCCAAGAUAAAAUCAUACGAGCCUUUAGCGAACUGAUGCGUAACAUCUCAAAGAUGAAAACAUUCAUUAGACCAAGCAUGUGCAAGCCAUAUGGAAAGCAGUCAGAAAGUUUGCAGAAAACGCUCUUCGACACAAUUCAACUCCUACAAAUGUUGCGCAAUUGCUUACCGGCACCGCAUAUUCCUGUUUCGUCCUGGAAAGGCGAAUCGAACACACUCGACAACGGCAACUCUGAGACAACCAUGAACUAAAUAUGGCCCACAAUGUUCACCAUGCACUAAACUAACAAAACAUAAUAACCAACUAAUGCCACGAUUAUAUGUCAUUCUUUCUUCAUUUGUGUCUUAUUUUCAAUUCUCCAAUUCAAUUCAUCUCUCCAUGGUCUUUUUUUUAUGACGACUAACCAUACUCUCGUAAUUACUCAUUCAUUUUCCUCGAUCGUACAGUGGAGAUUCUGGAGACUCUAAGUAUUUAUUCAAUUAUUUAUUGUUUUGCUAAACAUAUGAUUAUUGUAUAGGUUACUGGCCGAUGGAUUGAGUGAAUGAAUGAAACGAAAGCAAUCUAAUAAUGGUUUUAAACGCAACUAUAGUACGGAACCUAUGUAUCAGCGCAUCGCUUCUUAAUAUAAAUGAGAAUCUUUAUUUAUCAUUUUUACACUUUUCUUAUCGCCGGAGUGUAUUUUUGCGUUACCAAAUUGCAUGCAGAAGCGCAACAAAGGAAUGGUGCGGUCCAUUUUAACCGUGAUUUAGAUUUACCAACUCGUGAAUUCAUCAAUCGCUUUACAAGUAGGCAGUAGUGUAACUGAUAGCGAUCAUAUCUAUACACAUCCACUGUGAUUCAAAUUGGUAUAUUAUGAUGUGGAAAAUGGCAUAAUUUAUUAGUUGUUCAUCUUCAUAACCCAAUUAGUGCCAUGUACUCUUAACAUUUAUGUAUAAGUUAGAAAGUGUUUGGUAUAUCGGGAUAAAGUAGAUGAUUCGCUCAACGCUUUUUGCAUGUUUUGCAAGCAUAACCUGCAUAGCAUAAAUGAAAAAUGAUCUUUGAUCAGCCGUAUAUGUCCAAUAAUACUGAUAUUCUUAUUGAAUAAUGUUUUUUGUGUGAUCGUAAACAGAAAUAUGCAAAUAAUAAAAUAAAUUCAA